UGCAAUUAUACAACUCAUUUGCAUUUUUUCAUCACGUUGCGCAUAUAGAUAAGCCUUUAUUAGCAGAUGAUGAAAAAAAGCCAUUACAUUUGAAGUUUUUUCUCAUCGUGAUAAAAUGAAUUCAUUGUCAUCACAUCAAACUACAAGAAAAAGAUGUGUCCGUUAUGCAUUAGUUUGUUUCUGGUUUAUUUUACUUUUUUGCACUCUGAUCUUCUAUAGUUAUAUGUCUCAAAUGACUAUGGCAGGAGAUUCUGUCUUCAAUUCGAACAACCAUGGCCCAACAGGAGCGAAGCAAAGUAGGAAAGCUGAUGAUCUGUUCUUGCAGAGGAGUGUCCAAUUGUUCGACAAUGGACCACAAUUUGAUGCCUCUUUCUCGCCUUUGUAUCAUAAACAACCGCAAACACCAACCUUUGGACAUACACCACAGAAGUACUUUGGUUCUGAAAGAGUUGUGCCAAACGUAGACUGUGGUUUGCUGUUUGAACAAAACGACAAAGAAAUCAAGAAAGUUCGUGAAAUGAAUGUAAUUUAUGAAUCGCAGUCAUUUUGCCAACAAACAAAAGCAUGUGAAAAUUUCAUCAAAACAAAAGGAUACAUUAUGGAUUCGUUAUCAGAGGAGGAGAGGAAUUUUCCGAUUGCCUACAGCAUUCUUGUUUAUAAAAGCCCAGAGCAGUUUGAAAUUCUUCUGAGGUCCAUUUACCGACCACAAAACAGUUACUGUGUUCACGUGGAUGGAAAAACAAUAGGAAACGUCUUCAAUGAAUUUUCAUGCAUUGUACGAUGCUUUCCCAAUGUGAAGAUGGCGUCCAAAAGAAUUGAAGUGAAUUGGGGAACAAUGAGUGUUCUAUUACCAGAACUUACAUGCAUGAAAGACCUUUUAUCAAUUCCUAAAUGGAAAUAUUUUAUUAAUUUAACCGGACAGGAAUUUCCUCUUCGUACAAAUUAUGAACUAGUAAAAAUAUUAAAAGUUUACAACGGUUCCAACGAUGGAGAGGGCACCAUCAAAAGGGCUAACAAAGAUAGAUGGAAUAUAAAAGAGAAACCUCCCCACGAUAUAGUUCCGGUAAAAGGAUCUGUCCACGUAACACUGAACAGAAGAUUUGUGGAAUACGUCAUCACUAACAGGGUAGCUGCUGACUUCCUUGAAUGGGUAAAUAAAACGGGCAUUCCAGAUGAAACAUUUUUUGCAACUUUGAUUCAUAAUCCUCAGCUAGAAAUACCUGGAAGUUUCAAAGGAAAACUGGAAACAGAUUUUGGAAUACAGAAGCCAUUUCUUUCCCGAUUCAAAAACUGGAAUUCUUGGCCAUGUGGUGGUAAAUAUGUUCGAUCGAUUUGCAUUUUUGGAAUCGAAGAUCUCGCUCGUUUAGCUCGUCGGCCAGAAUUCUUUGCCAAUAAAUUUCACUCCAAUUACCAGGGGCAUACUUUACUUUGCAUGGAUCAGUUAAUCUACAACAGGACGAGGGAUGAGUAUCUUCACCGAUUGAAAUUCGAUACUAAGUAUUACGAAAGUUUGAAACAUAUAAAGAAUGUUGUUUAGAGGAUAAAUGAUGUGUCUUAGCCGGUAAUAGAACACGUCAUCAGCGUUUUACUCCGACAUUAAACAUUAACUGUCAAUCAUGACACUUUGAAUUUCAACUGUUAAGGAUGACGUUUACUCAAAUGAAAAAAAUGCACUGAUGAGAAUAAAAACCAUCUAUUGUGUGUUAUAGACCUUUUAUGGAAGUGUUAUUUUUCACUUUAAAAAAGUAGGUCAUUGACCAGCU